AUGGUUAAAAAAAUGGAUGUGAACGUGUUUAUUGUUUUAUUUUGUUUUAUUAAAGUGGUAUUGUUACAAGGAACUGGUUCGGGGAACAAUGGAAACUUGCGUCUCUGCAUAGUGGAAGGUCGAGGACUGUACAAGCGAGCGCCCACGCACUGCCCCAUACUGGACAAGGAGAACGCUGGGGUUGAGUGCGUUUUGGGAACCGACAGACUGGACUGUCUCCGUCGUAUCAGCAAGGGAACUGUGGACUUUGGUGUAUUCAGCCCCGAGGACCUAGUGGCGGCGCAGUGGGCCAACAUCGAUGUCUUGGUUACCAACGAGCUGAGACUGAGAUCGAGACCAUUCGCCCGCAAUAUAGUAGCCGUAGUCAACCGACGCAUCCUACCUACUGAGUCAUCCACUCUACAUGCAGUUCUGAGGAACACCACGCUCUGCCACCCUGGAGAGUCAAUGGAUUACCUCCGACCUCUUAGCGAGACCUUAUCUGCGUAUCUAGAAACCCUAGUGCUAGAGAGAUCCUGUGACCCCACCCGGUCUCACACUGAAAAUAGGCUGAAGGCUCUGGCCGACUUCUACGGGAAGGCGUGUAAGGCUGGACCCUGGGUGCCAGACAGGACGAGAGAUGCUGAACUAAAACGCCAAUACCCGUCAUUAUGCGCUGCGUGUGCUAAAACCUGCAUGGCAGGCGACAUCUACUGGGGGAACUCUGGAGCACUCACCUGCCUCACAGAUGGCGCUGGUGACGUCACGUGGGGCGAGGCUGACGAUGUCAAGUCUUAUUUUAAGAUCCGAGAAGAUGAACCGCUGACCGGUUCUGAAAACUUCGCGUACCUCUGUCGUAACGGCACGUGGAAAGACCUGACGGAGGAACCCUGCAUAUGGCUGAGGAAGCCAUGGAAUGUUAUCGUUGCUAAAAGGAAGGCAUCAGAAGCAGUGAGCCGAUUGACCCAGUCUUUGACCAAUAGCUCGGUGGUAGUAGAUCGACACUGGAGGGGAGCUCUCUCAGCAUUACUGGAGAGUAACCAGGCGUUGCCGGAGCCUCUCCAUCCUCCCAGGGCUCCUAUGGACUAUUUGGCUCAGGCUGACGGGUUCAGAGAGGCGUACAGUCAGGCUGGUUGUGACCCACCCAGACACAUAACCUUCUGCACGACCUCUCUCCUAGCUAAGAACAAAUGCGAAUGGCUAAGCGAGGCGGGCGCAGUGUACGGCAUAGCGCCGCCCCUCCAGUGCAUCAUGAGGAAUUCUAUCGAGGAGUGUCUGAAGGCAGUCUCUGAUAGAGAAUGUGAUGCUACUGCCGCUGAUAGUGACUGGCUGGUGGCGGGGAUGAGAGACUACGCCCUAACACCGAUCCUGCACGAAAUAACACCAAUAGUGGAGAAAACAGGUUCAAUAGUAGCCUACAUCAACGCGGACGCAAAAAUAACCAAAAUGGCGGACUUGCGCGGGAAACGGGCCGCUUUCCCGCGCUAUGAUGGCGCCGCUUGGCAUUCUGUCAAAGACUAUAUAACCAAACAUGAAAAAAUGUCUUGUAAAGACUAUGUGGAGGGGUAUUUUAAAGAAAUAUGCGCUCCUGGCAUGGAUGGGAAGAAGUGCUAUGAAGCUGGUGAAACAGAGGCGCUUAAAUCUCUAGUAGAUGGCGACAGUGACGUUGCUUUUAUUAGUAUGAAGGCUUUUAAUAGUUUUAAAGAAACCAAUGGAACAUCAGAGAAUAUAAAGAAAAUCGUCCCCCUCUGUCCGGAAGGAAACCAAAAAUUCUGCUUCGUCAGCUGGUCAAACUUGGGCCACAUAUUUGUCGCCAACAAUCUCACCAACAUUCGGAGACACGAGAUCAUCAACGUUUUCACAAAGUUGGACCAACUGUUUGGCAAACAUCCGCCUUUCCAUAACGCUAUGUUUUCCAUGUAUGGCUCUUUUAACCACGAAAUGGAAGUGAUUUUCCAUUCAAAUACUAAGAGUUUGGCCACAAUUAAUGUUUUAUCGACUCAUCCGUACAAUAAAAUUCCAUACAAUUUCGAAUUAGCGAUGUCAAAUGUGACAGAUUUCACUUGCGGAUUUGGCGCCAAAACGACGCCAUCUUUGGUUAUGUUGCUUGUAACUCUAGUCGUAUUUUUAAUUAAUAGUUAA